AUGGGCUCCUCAGUCAACCUUUCCGACAUCGGUACCCGUCUCCAGAACCCCGACCUGAAAUGGCAACAAGAACAAGUGGCCGACCUCCUCCACCGCCAAUCCCUCGCUUUCCCCGGCGCCCAACCCGUCUCCUUCUCCCGACACCACAUCCAUGAGCUGCAGCAACGCGAUUACUUCAUGUGCGAGAAGACGGACGGGAUCAGAUGUCUCCUCUACCUCACCCAGUUCGUGAACGAGGACGGGCAGAGGGUGGAAGUGCAGUUCUUGAUCGAUCGGAAGAAUGAUUAUUAUUACAUCCCGCGUGACGCCCUACAUAUCCCCACCCCGCCGCCCGAAGGUGUGAAGGAGGAUUUCGACGUGGCGAAUUUCCAUCUAGGAACUCUAUUAGACGGGGAGUUGGUGCUGCAACGCCUGAAAGAAGGUGGGCAGCGGCUAGCCUACCUCAUGUUCGACAUCCUUGCCCUAGACGGCGAAUCCGUAAUGAACAAACCCUUCGACCGCCGCCUAGCCCGCCUCCAACAACAAGUCGCGCGCCCUUAUCGGAAAUUCACCGACCGCUACCCCGAAGACGCCAAAACUUUCCCCUUCCAGCCCGAACUCAAAGCCAUGGAAUUGCCCUACGGAACGGAAAUGAUGUUCAAAGACCGUAUCCCCAACCUCCCCCACGGCAACGACGGGUUGAUCUUCACCUGUGUCGGAACAGAAUACGUUUCAGGUACAGAUCAGCAUAUUCUGAAAUGGAAACCGCCGCAUGAAAAUACUAUUGAUUUCCGCCUCGUGCUUGGUGAUUUCCCCAUGCUCGAAGACGAAGACGGCACCUACCCGGACUGGGACGCCUGUCCCGACCUCGAACUCCACGUCAACCACGGCGACUCGAGAUCCGCCGGCUCCGGAACAGCAGGAGGCUACCACCGCUUCGCCAACCUCACCCUCACCCCCCCCGAAUGGACGGCCUUCAAAUCCCUCCAGCAGCCCCUCGACGGCCGGAUAAUAGAAUGCUACCGCGACCCCGCCACCGGCCACUGGCGACCGAAAAUCGAAGAUCGAGAUGGGACUCCGCGAUUCCGAGACGAUAAGACGGACGCGAAUCAUAUUUCUACUGUCAAUAGUGUUUUGCAGAGUAUUGAGGAUGCGGUCGGUGAGGGGGAUUUGAUCGAGGCGGCCGGGAGGAUCAAGAAGGGGUAUAAGAGGAGGCAGGCGGAGAAGGUGGAGGGGGAUAGGAGGGCGGCGGAGGAGGAGAGGAAGAGGCGGAGGGAGGGGCAGAUGGGGCAGGGGCAGGGACAAGGACAGGGGUUGCAGGGGAGGGGGCAGGGUGGUGGGGUACAGCAGCAGCAGGGGAAUGGGCAGGUGAGGAGGGAGGAGAGUUUGCAGGCGAAAGUAGUGGUGGGUCAGGAGGAGGAGGAUGAUGAUGGGCCGAGGUAUGAUGAUGAGUAG